GCUACCCUUAGCUGCUUCCUCUCAAUCCUGUUCCCCUUUUUUCUGUGGCCUGAUAUUCCACUUUUCUGACUUGGCUGGACAGCCCAAGGCUGUGUCCUUCUUUGCUACGUUCACCCGCCACAGACACAAGAAUGCCAGACCUAAUUUCUGUCCAAGACUUCAUCUCCCAAACCCAAGAGGACCUGAGUUCUCCAACAACCUCCUCCUUUACUAGCCACUUGGGCAAAUGCAGGAACACAGUUUGCAUCUUAGAGGAGGACUUGGAUUCAGAUCGAACUGUUCUGCAAAAAAUGAGGAAAGCAGUCAAAGCAAAACACACGACUGGACAAGAUCUCAUUAGCCAUUUAGAAGCUCAUAUUGCUGCCCUGGAGAAAUUUUCAGGAAACUAUCACAACACUGGAGAUGAAAAGCUUUCUGAAGCUUUUACCACCUUUGCUUCAUUUUCACAAGAGCUGCUAGAAGCCAUCAAGAGUUUGUUGCUGAGCCUCUAUCACAACAUUCAUUUUUCUCUGGAUUCACUGGUCAAGGGAGAUUUCAAAGGGGAUUUUAAAAAGCCUUUUGAAAAAGCUUGGAAGGACUAUGAAAGCAAACUUGCAAAGAUAGAGAAAGAAAAACGUGAGCUGGCGAAACAAUAUGGAAUGGUGAGGACAGAGGUUGCUGGAGGAGAGAUUGCUGAGGAGAUGGAAAAAGAGCGAAGGAUGUUCCAGUUACACAUGUGUGAGUACCUAAUUAAAGUGAACGAUCUUAAAACCAAGAAAGGAGUUGACUUGCUGCAGAAUAACAUCAAUCACUGCAACUCCCAGUUCAAUUUCUUCCAGAAAUGUUUAAAGGCAACAGAGAAGCACAAGCAAUUUAUAGAGAAACUAACUCCUGAGCUUCAGAGUAUGAAGUCAAAGCAGGAGGAGGAGAAGAAACAGUUGUGUUCCCUUCGGGAUCAGCUCAAAAUAGCAUUGCAGUUGGAGCCCAGAGAGCAGAAUUCUGUGAGCAAGCCAGUGAGGUAUAGCAUGCAUCAGCUCCAGGGAAAUAAGCAGUAUGGCACAGAGAGAUCUGGGAGCCUCUUUAAGAAAAGUGAUGGCUUAAGGAAAGUCUGGCAGAAGAGAAAGUGCACAAUCAGGAAUGGCUAUUUUACCAUUUCACACAGUACAUUAAAUCGUCUUCCGGUGAAGCUGAAUUUGCUCACUUGUCAAGUUAAACCAAAUGCAGAUGACAAGAAAUGUUUUGAUCUUAUUUCACAUAAUCGGACAUAUCACUUCCUGGCAGAGGAUGAACAAGAAUGUAAUAUAUGGAUCUCUGUUCUGAGUAACAGUAAAGAAGAAGCUUUGAAUAUGGCCUUCAAACAAACUCACAACAAGGAAGGAUACAACAUGGAGAAUCUGACUGGAACAAUCAUUGAGGAAAUAAAGCACAUGCCAGGAAACAAUAUGUGCUGUGAUUGCUCAACACCAGAUCCAGCAUGGCUCUCCAUUAAUUUGGGGAUCUUAAUUUGCAUUGAAUGUUCUGGGAUUCAUCGAGAGAUGGGUGUUCAUCACUCCCGCAUCCAAUCAUUAGCCUUGGACAAGUUGGCCACCUCAGAACUUCUGUUGGCUAAAAAUAUUGGAAACUCACGAUUUAAUGACAUAGUAGAAGCUAACCUUCCCAAUUCAUCUUCAAAGCCAACUAAGGACAGUGCAAUGACUCAUCGGAAACAUUUCAUAAUUUCAAAAUAUGUUGAUAGGAAGUAUGUUGUUCCAAGGAUCAUGAGGAGUCCAGCUGCCAAGCUCAAGAAUUUGGAGAAUGCUGUCAGAGAGAAGGAUAUAUUUAUUUUGCUUCAGGCAUAUGCAGAAAAAAUGGAUUUAAGUGAGCCUGUUUUGGAAUCUAGCCAGGAACCUAGAGAGACGCUUCUUCAUCUGGCAGUCCUAGUUAGUGACCGAACCUCUUUGCAUAUUGUAGAUUUUCUGGUGCAGAAUAGUGGGAGCCUGCUGAAACAGACAUCCAAGGGAAAUACUCCCCUUCAUUAUUGUAGCCUUCAUAAUAAACCUGAAUGCAUAAAACUUCUUCUGAGAGCAAAAGCCAAUAUCACAAUCACUAAUGAAGCUGGAGAGACAGCCCUUGAUAUUGCUAGGCUACUGAAUCACACUACAUGUGAAGAUCUGCUAUUGCAGGCUGAAAAUAAUCAGUUCAAUAUGCGUGCCCAUGUUGAAUAUGAGUGGCAGCCAGGCCAAGAGGAGAUGUUUGAAAGUGAUGAUGAACUGGAUGAAAAGCCCUGGCUGGUGAAAAAAGAUCGCUUUCAUCGCCCGCAAAGCUGCUACAAUCUUCCUGGGCCAACCUCUCAGUCAUGGAAGAAUCCAGCCGACUUUUUCAGAGGAACCAGUCCAGCAUCCCAGGACAAGUGCCAUGACUUAUAUGCCACACCACAUGGCUAUAGAUCUGCUGCAACAGCAUCGCCUCCCACUUCUGCCUGUCCAGGCCCUCCAUUGCCACCACGUAAUGCCCCCAGAGCCCCCAGCUUCUCUCCUCCAUUACCCCCAACCAGCAACUAUGUCUAUCCUGUAGAUACAGCAGCUAAAAGAGCUAUGCCUCCUCCUCUGACCAUUAGGCAUAAGCGGACCUCCUCAGAGCCUCUCCCUUCUACGCCACUGAAUCACAGCCCUUCUGAUGAUUCUAGAUCUUUCUCGCUUCCAAGGCGCUGCUCUCCAGAAGGAGCUUCUCCUAGGAGUUUGAGUUCUCAGCCAUCUGAACUCUCUGAAGGGGUGGAUUCCUGGCAGCAAGCUGCCUCUGAGCCAAACCAAAACUCAAGAGAGAACCACUGGUCUUCUUCUCAAUCUCCUGAAUCAUCAGAUGACAUUCCUCCACCACUACCAAAAAGGGGAUAUAUGAAUACAUCCUUUCUGCAUCGUGUCAGAGCCCUUUAUGAUUGUCAGGCUGAUCAUGAAGAUGAGCUCACUUUCAAGGCUGGAGAAAUUAUUAUAGUAGAAGGACAAGAGGACUCCAACUGGUGGCAUGGCAGGAUUGAAGGAUACCCUCACAGAAAAGGUGUCUUCCCAGUGUCAUUUGUUUAUAUACUACCUGAAUAAGAAUACAUCUAAUUCAUGUAAAGUACAAUCAUUCUACUGUAAAAGGGCCUCCUGCCCUCUCAAAACACAUGUAUUAACCUGCACAAUAGUUGUUCAGAAACACUUAUUGGAAUUAAAUACAAUGCAUUGGCACUGAAAUGUCAUGCAGAGGAUAAACAUCUCCUCCUCAAGUCAUUGGCAAGAAGUCCAUUGAAUUUUUAAAAAAAUGAUACCUGAACUGCAAGAGCUUUUUGAUGAACUCAUCAAACAUACCUGUGGGAAUAGUACAAUUUCUUGCUGUCACUGUUCGUGCAUGAAUGCAAGCAGUACGUACCUUUCAAAUGCCUCUGUCAUCCACCUGUUAGACUAGAAAAUGAUUUAAGCAAAAAGACUUCACUGUUCCAAAAUUUAUUAGUAUACAUAAUAAUAUAAUUCACAAUAAUAACAGAUAAAGAGAAGAAAUGAAUCAAACAUGUCAUAAGAAGAUAAUGCCUGUGCCUAUUGUUUAUUUCUAAAUAUCAAACAUGUCAUAAGAAGAUAAUGCCUGUGCCUAUUGUUUAUUUCUAAAUAUCAAACAUGUCAUAAGAAGAUAAUGCCUAUGCCUACUGCAUAUUUCUAAAUGUCAGAAACACAUGAGAAAAAAUGCAAACGUAUGGUGUUUCUUAAUUCUUCUCUUCCCUGUAUUCAUGAAACAUGGGGGAAAACAUUUUCAGAAGUAAUGCUUUAGGACGUCUAUGGAGAUUCUCAGUCAUCCAGGUCAUGGUUGUCCCAAAGAUGCUUUUUCAAAAGGCAAGUGGACUUCGUUUUUCUUGAAGACAUUUCACUUCUCAUCCAAGAAAUGUCUUCAUUUUAAGGAAAAACAAAGUCCAGUUGCCUUUUGAAAAAGCACCUUUAAGGCGCUUUAGGAAUUGCAAAAUUCCAGUAUAUUAGUUUUCGAAGUAAAAUAAUGUCAUUUCUGAUUUGACUGUUUGUAAAUCUAUAUAUGCAAUGUAUUCCAUAAGGACUUCUACUAAAGGAUGAAGAAGAAUGGGAGAAACUUACUUGCAUCUAAAAUAUCAAAAAAUAGAAAUCACAAAAUAUAUUUCAGUUUCUGCAAACCCACCCAGUCCUUUCUUGAAAACAUUGUUUAUUAUGGAAAGAAAAUAAUGCAUACACUAAUUCAGAGUCUUUUCAAUUUUCCAGUUAGAUGUGUUCUUCUACUAUUCAUAAUGAAAUCUUAGAAUAAAUAUGGUAUAUUGAAAUUUCAUUUUCCCCAAGUUAACAACAGUUCUUUUAAAUCUCCAAAACUGUUUCUAAUAAUGUGAAAUAAUGCUAUUAAUGCAGAAUUCCUCUAUUUGCUAUUAUGUUACUAAAAUAAAUACAGUACUCCAAAUGUUUUAAUGAUGCUUUAUAUUAUAGUACUUCUAUUUACGAAGAAUGUGAUAUUCCACCUUCAAUAGCAAUUUUGUUUCUUGUUUCUGAACUGAAUAUAGCUCAUAAUUAUAUCUCUUAUCAAUGUCCACUUCACUGAUAAGAUUAGAAAAUGUUGACACUGAGAAUGGCAGAAGUCUAUACUAUUUAUUUCAUCACUUUGAUUUUUUUUUGUUCAGAUUUAUUGUCAAAAAUUAUCUCUGUACGCCUUUAUAUUAACAGUAUUUUUGUAAGUCAUAAGUUGUCAAUAUAAUAGAAGAAUCCUAUUUUUAUUUAUUCCUUUCCCCGUACAAAUGUUUUUUGAGUGCUACUCUGCUUUGAUCUUGGUUUUUUUAUAUAUAUCUUUGCUGUGUUGUUUCCAGUAUAAAAAGGAAAUGUUCUCAAAAAUAGAAUUGGGAAGUGGCCAUACACUGAAAUAGAAAAAGAAAAAUAACCUUAAUAUAACUGUUUAUGGAACCCAUAUAUUUCUCCUUUCAUGUACAUAAAUUAUACUAGGGUAGUAAAAUGAUUCUGAAUGAGAUGCAAGCGGGAAUGCUAAUUCUAAAUAGCAACGUGAAUACAAACUACUAUGUAAUUUUAAUGUCACUGAAAUUUAAUAAAUAAAACUAAAAUGUAAAAACCAGAAUGCCAAUGAGUGAGCAAUAUAAAAGGAGCACACUGAGGUAGUUCAGACAUAUAGUAAUAGUAAUAGUAAUAAAGUUGGAAGGGACCUUGGAGGUCAUUGAGUCCAACCCCCUGCUCAGGCAGGAAACCCUACCAUUUCGGACAAAUGGCUGUUAUAGAGGAAAUGAAUGAGGAUCAAUUGCAAAAAAAAAACAAAAAAACAAAAUCAAAGGAAGAGUAAAUGGGUAAAGAGGGAGAACAAGAAAAUUAUGAUUGGAGGGAGCUAUUUAGUUCCUCAAAAAGAGAGUAGUGGGAAUUUUAAUGAAUAAAAGGCAGCAUAUGAAGUAGUAUAUGUACAUGACAGAAGUAAAAAUGUUUGCAGAUAUGUAUGGAUAUAGUGACUGGUAUGGGUGUAAACCAGAUUUGUUUUCUUUUUUUAAAAAACUCAUACCACUAAUUUCUUUGGCUUAUUAUUUUACUUGCAAUCUAUACUUGACAUAACUUAAUGGGUAUGUAUGUACAUGUGCAUAAAAUUGAUGAUUGUGACUUUAUUAAUUUGAAUCUUACCUGAGUAUUUGCAUCCUCACAUGCAUACUCCAGUAACAUAAGAAAUAAUAAUAAUCUCUAAUUUUAAAUACACUUUAUAAAAAGCUAAAAAAACCCCACUAUAAAUGAUUCUGGGACAAAUCUCUUAAUGGGACAACCGUUAAUGAUGUGCUGAAGAAAGUUGAAGGACUCAACCUAUCAGUUUGCCUACCACAUAUUGAACACACAAAAUCAGGACAUCAAAAUCAGGACUCACGAUCGAUGCAGGGUAGAGCCUGGAAAUAGAGACAGUAUUAUGGGUAUUGUUUUCUGCUGUCCUGAGUGAUAGAAAGUCCAUUAUACCAGAAGUUGGAAAAGGCCCUGAAAAGUCAUCUAGCAUAACUUACUAUUUCAACAAAAGAUCAACAAUGGUGAGAAAUCUAACUCAUUACUAAACUUCAAUGAAUGAUGUCCCUGAAGAAUGUAGUACAAAAACAGAUUCUUCAUGCUGUAGCCAAAUUUUAUGGCCUCAGUUGCAAAAGGAAUACAACUGCCAAAUUAAUAACAACAAACUGUGUCAUGGUCAACCAACAAUCACCGAGCAUCUGCUUCUUGUGUCACAACUGCAAACGGCUACAGGAAACCACUUCUAAUUACAGUAUGUUUCAAACACGUUUCCUUUUUUAUUGUUUAAGCUGAUCUGUUUUAGGAAGAGAACGCACAUUUAGAAAAAGGAAAAAAACAGAUCAGUUAGACUGUUAAAUCUUUUUGCAAAUUUUCUCCUCCGUCUUACCAGAAUCUGUAAAUUGUAGCCUAUGGCUGAGGAAGAUUAAGAUUUUUUACUAAGAAAAGGAGUAAAUAAGAAAGGGCUUAAACAUUCAUAGAAACGGAAAUACUAUUUGUUGGCAUGAGGUCUCCAUUUAGGAAGUGCAGCUUUCAGCACAAGUAAGUAUAUUGCAGAACUUUUUUUCAAUUUGUCUCAUUAACAAGCUGCACACUAAUUAGUGCACUGUGAUGUGCAUCUAUGUAAGAUUGAGUUUUUCCUGAAGAAUCUUCUGAAAUAAUUCUGCUAUCAAUAGAUUUUAUCAGGCUAUUGAAAGUAUGGGAUUAUAACGCUUCACUUUUUCCCAGCUAAGUGUUUAUUUAGGCUUUUGGACACACUAAAAUAUGUUCUCUUUCAUGCUAAAGAAAAACUAGAACAUUGCUUUUUAAAUAUACAUUACUAUUAACAGGCUUUGUAAAUGCAUUACAGAACAUUCAGGCAAUAGGAAGAACAUGAAUUUAAUUUGCCUUGUAAACUGCCUGUAGAAAUGUUACUAGAAUUGUUCUUUCUUUUAGCUAACGGCCAUUGCAUUAUAAAUAUAUAAAACUCCAAGGGGUGAUAGAAGUGAUAGCAGGAUAAAAAAAAGCUUGAUUUGUGAAAGCAUUUUGCUGUACUACUGUUGAUUUAUGUUAAUGAAUAAAUAGACUUAUAAUACUAUAAAAACUAACACAUUUUUGCACAAGCUUUAAUUUAUUCCACUUCAUGGGGAUUAUAUUGUACUGUAUUAUCUGACAAAGC